AUGGCUUGGCCCUGCAUCAGCCGAGUGUGCUGCCUGGCGCGCUUCUGGAACCAGCUGGACAAGUCGGACCUGGCCGUGCCGCUCACCAUCCACAAUUACUCCGACAUCGACGAGCCGGCCGACGAGGGGACGGACGCGGCCGGCGCCCCGCCGCCGCCUCGGAUCCCAACAGGUGGCAGCACCAGCAGCCGCCCCCAUCAGACCCACCCGCGGGCGCCCGCCGCUGCCUCGCUGCCCGUCUCGGCGUCCGCCCCGUCGCUGCAGGACGGCCUGGGGGGCGCCAGGAAGCCGUCGAAGAAGACGCGCGGCGGCUACCGGAAAGAGCCCUUCGCCGCCGAGACUCAGUACCAGCAGGAUUUCCAAGCGUGGCCGGUGCAGAAGCGGGACGCCCUGCCCUGGAUCGGGGAGUACAGGCGGGUGGAAGCCCCCGGGGCGCCCCCCGCCGCCGCUGCCGCCGCCGCCCCGGCCGCCCCUUCCCACGCCACGAUCCCGGGGGGCUCCCACGUGUACGUGCUGCCGGCGGCCGGGCAGGAGGUGGUGGGCAGCAAGUACAGCGGCUUUAAGCAGGUGUGGUCCUCCUCCUCGCCGCCAGGCGGCCCCGAAACCUCCUCCUACAGGUAGGUAACGCGCUGAAUUGGAACCGCUGCCGGGGAUUCUUUUUGGCGAGGGAGGGGAACUCUUUCUUAGCAGGGCUUAGCUCCUGCAGAACAUUUCCACUUGUCCCCUGCCCCAUAUCUUACACACACACGGGCCACAGCUCAGCUCUGGAAGGAAUAAAGACGCAAAGAAAAAGGGUGUCCCUGAGCAUGAAUGGAGCACAUUCGCUUCAUCUUCCUCGCCAAGGGUUAACCGUUUUUUGCAGAUAAAGCAUUUCUGUGCGGGGGAAUAGGAGCAGGGAACUUGCAUUUGGUGGGUUUCGGUAUUGCAUUCAUUGCCUGCUUGACCAUAUUGCUUUUUUUUUAAACAUUGCAUUUAUGCCAUUAACAUGCUCGUUUUUCCGCAUUUCCUCCAAGGAACUAAGUACAUGCUUCCAUUUCUCCAGUUACAUCUUUAGAAGAGCCCUGUGAAGUAGGUUAGGAUGAGCAACUGAAUGUCUGGCCCAAGGUUGCCCAGUGAGCUUCAUGACUGGGGGAAAUGUUAACCUGGGUCUCUCCAGUCCUGGUACAUUCACUUGAAAGGGUAGGGUCCUUGUGGCAUCUCAGUGAAGCAACAUGCUUCUGUGUGCGGUUGUUGACACGUGACAAUAUAUAUGCAGGUCCCUCUCCCUCUCACCGACCACAUAUUUGUUUUUCCGCUAUACAGAAGUGUUUUCUGUUAGGCAAAGCACAAUAUAUGCAGUAGUCCAGGUCACCACAACCAAAUCUUGGUUCAGGAAGUAAGGAUUUCCAGAACCCGACAAUCUACAUUGGGUAGAUGGCACCUCUUAUACUGAUAACUCCAUAGCACUUUCCAAAUCACAUUGAAAUACUUUCCCAGUUCCCCCCCCCCAUAUACAUCCCUAAUCAUCCCAAUGCUUUUCUUUUUUAAAAAAGCACCCAAACAACUUAAAUAUAUUGCCUAUGAAUAAAUAUUGCAGCUGCUAACCUCCCCUCCCCAGUAUUUACAGUGGUACCUUGGGUUACAGACGCUUCAGGUUACAGACUCUGCUAACCCAGAAAUAGUACCUUGGGUUAAGAACUUUGCUUCAGGAUGAGAACAGAAAUUGUGUGGCAGCAGCGGGAGGCCCCAUUAGCUAAAGUGGUACCUCAGCUUAAGAACAGUUUCAGGUUAAGAAUGGACCUCCAAAACGAGUUAAGUUCUUGACCCGAGAUACCACUGUAUUUAAAAGGGAGAUAGAAUUACGUAGGAUUGUAUCCAACUACCGUAAGUCAUACUCAAGAGUAGACCCACCGAAAUCAAUUGACAAAUUAGUCAAGUCUUUUGAUUGAAUCAUACAGCUGGAAAGGUGAUCUAGUCCAGCCCCCUGCAAUGCAGGAAUCCCAGUUAAAAAAAAUCCUCACAAAUGGCCAUCCAACCUCUUCUCAAAAACCUCCAAGGAAGGAGUCUGCCACCUUCUGAGGUGGCCAGUGGAGCUCUUACUGCCAGAAAGUUCUUUUUAUGGGUCUACUCUCUUGAGUAUAAUAGUUGGAUACAGCUGUCAGUCUGAAAGACUUAAUUCCCAAAUGCAUUGUUCUCCCUCUUCCACUAUGAUCCACUGUAAAGAAUACAAAUCACUAUUCCAUGGAGUAUUGAAUGAAUAUAUAGAAAACAGAUAGCGGAGCAUGUUUUUGUCUUUCCUGUUCUUUCUCAGGCGAGCACUUUCUGCCUCUUUUCCAGGUGCUGGGGUCCUGUCCCUGCCUUAUCUUGCAGGGCUCACCAGCAAGACCUUGAUGCUACAGACAGGGCAUCAUGCAAUCAGUGAGAUUAUCAGAUCAGGCUUUCAAAAAGCCCUGGCUUGACCCAGCCCUUUCUUUUUCUUUUCUUUUUUCCCUUCUGAGUGCAGACAGACUUCCUUCAGACUGGCUCACUGGUUGCUUUCCUGCUCCCCAGAUUAUUUAACUCUCUGGAAAUCUGGCUCUUAAAAACCCCCAAAUGCCUUUUAAUUUGUUUUUAAUCUUGACUCAGCUUGUUCUGGCAAAGGACAGCUGUCCUGUGCAUAGCAUGGUUUUGUAUGCUGGCCAAGCAAUUAAUAGGAUGUCAGUGGUGUAUUGAUAAUGCUAGCUGUUGAAUCUGAAUCAAGUGUCUCUCUCUAAAUAGCAAAGGUGUUCAACUGUUAUCAAGGGUACGGAAGGUUAAGGCAUUUGCCUGGGAGCAGGUAAUGUCUGUAGGUAUUCCAAUACAAGGUGAGGGGCAGAGAUUUCAGCACCGGUUUUCUAUGCCUCAUUUUCCAUUGCUUUCAAAUUGUUUUCUGUUAAUUUUAUAUUAUUUUGAGGUGGAUGAAAGAGCAAGGUAAAUUUAAAAAAUACAUGUGGAUAUAUAUUUCCAGUUUACCUUUUCCAACAUUAUAAGCAUGGUAAUUUUGUCUACUUCCAAGUAGCGGUGCCUACUUUUUGUACCUUUAGACACCUUUAUUUCACUUUACAAAUUCAUUUUAGGCAUGAAUAUCGUCCAUGGACUGGAGCAAAACGAUCAAGGCCUACAAAGACGACACAGGGUUUCAUUAUUCCAGAGGAUCACUUUGCGCAAGAAUCCAGCUACAAAGCAGACUUUAAGGUAAAUGAACUUUGCAAAAUCUUUGAAAUGCAGGUGUUUGCUAAUGUGAGUAGGACUCAGCCCAGGAAAACAGUAACACAUCACGAGUAAUGCUUCAGCUUUCAAAAGAGUAGCUAACCUAUCAAAAAGACCAAUGCAGCAAAGGAGCUCCUCUGCAGAUGUGCACCCCAUAUUUAUUAUGGUGCUCAUCUGGGCCCCAUUGAGCUGGCUAGAUGUGUGUUUUUUAUGCAGGUAGGGAUUCAUAACCUAAUUUGAAGCUAGGAGUUGGUACCCACAACUAGAGCUGAAUUAGGGCCAGGAUCUGACAGCUUAAAGUGGUCUAUUGCAACGCAAUAGCUUUUCUGCAGAGUCAGUCAGUCAGGUUGGUUACUGAAAGGAGCCAGAAAGGGUAUAUUGAAAAGAAAACAAAUACAAAAAUGAAUUAUACUCAAUUCAAACAGACUUAUCAUAACCAUCUAUUAUAACAAUAUAGUUCAUAAACAAACUGUUAUUUGAAAAAUCGCAACAGUAAGACAGCAGUAAUUUCACUCAAUUGCUGCCCUAAAGGCUAAUCCGUUUGGCUCUAAUUCUGCUUGCUGUGAGGGCAAACAAGGCUAUACACCUCAUAAUCCCCAUGCCAUUUAAAUGUAAUUUUGGCUAUAAUGGGCACAGAACUAAUUCUCCCUGCAGAAAGCCAUCUCUUUCUAAUAUCUGGGAAAUCCUCGCUAUCUCCAGAAUCACAAAUACACUGGCGCCAUUCAAGACUAAUCUGGUGACGACCUUCAAGCACCUUUGUAGGCUGUGAUUGAUAUCUUAAUGCAGAAAAGCCAUCCCUGGAGGGCAAUGUAUUAAUUUAGGUAGGUAGCUCUCCAUUUUAAAAUCAUCCUUGAAGAAGGAGAGCUCCUGAUAAAAUUAUAUAGCAGCCAGGUCCUGUUUCCAUUUAAGGUUCCCCAGUUUGUUUUUAACCAAGGAUUUUGCAGCUGACAAAAUUCUGGUAGCUAAAUGAACUAUGCAGAAGGCAAGAUUAAGUUUCUAACUGUGGAAGCCCACAGAUUAUGGAUAAGUUUUUACUUUUCUAGCUUGCUCAAGAAAGCAAUGACCCCUUGAUUCCACAAACCAGCCUUUUCCAACCUGGUACCCUCCUGGGCAGAGAUAUUAAUUUAGCAGCAGACACACGGGACGUUGUCCACAAGACUUAUUUUAUUAGUCCUGAAUAAAUUAAGCAUUAGCCAAGGAAUGAGACGGUCUGAACUUGAGCCCUAGUUGUUUAGAUCUAGUAUUUCUAGAUUUAUCUGGCAGGGUAAGAAACCAAGAAUUAAAUAUAAGAUAUUGAUUGACACUAGGGAAAUAGGAGCCUUCUCACUGCCAGAUUUGUGUUUAUAUUAUGAAGCAUCAUGUUUCUGCUGGUUAAAAGAUUGGAUAAAGUUGGAGAAUACUGAACUGCUAGACUUGGAGUGGUACGGUGUUAAAUUUGGUUGGCAUGCAUGUCCAUGGUAAAGUAAAGCUAGAAUACAUAAGAAUUUUAUGAAUCAUGUAAUUAGGAAAAAUAUUUAUCGAGUUUGGGAAAAACAUAAGAACCUGAUAGAAAGGAAAAUACCUUUAUGGCUUUCACCCGUUGAAACAAUGGAAAACAGAAUUAAAAUUCAUAGCCUACUAUGCUCUUAGGGGAAAAGCUAUGGAUGGAACCUUUUAUCAUAUGUGGUGGACCUGUAGAUUAGUUAAAGAAUAUUGGGAAAUGAUAUAUAAUGAAUUGGGAAAAAAAAUUUGGGAGACUUUUCCAAAGAGGCCCUCCCUGUUAGGAAUAAUGAGGCCCCAGGUACCAAGUAUGUAUGCCACUACAGCAGCGAGAAUCCUAUAUGCACAAAGAUGGAGAGAGGCGAUAGUACCUACAAAGGAGGAGUGGCAGAUGAAAUUAUUGGUAUACGCAGAAUUAGCAAAAUUAACUGGCAAAAUUAGAGAGCAAGAAGAGAAAGUCUAAAAGAGGAAUGGAAGCCAUUUGUAGGCUACCUAAAAAACCAUUGUAAAAAUGUUAGAACUGUAGUCAGUUUGGAGUAAGCUCAGCAGUUUUAGUUUAUAAUUAGAAGAAUGUGAAUGUUUAAAUAGCUAGAAAAAAUAGAAUAUUCAGCAGCAAUGGGAAACUUUAGGAAGCCAUGAAAGGAUGGACAGGAAGUCGAUGGAAUAGAAUUAUGGAUGAUGUAAUGUAUCUAUUCCCCCCUCCCAUUCCCACUUCCUUUUCUUUCACUUUUUUCUUUUAUUCUUCAGUUCUGUAUUUUGUACUCUUAUAAAUUCACAAAUAAAAAAAUAAAUAAAUAAGAUGUUUGGAUCUAUAGGUAUUAUAUAGAAAAAUCAGACCAAGACGCUAUUAACCAGUACAUCUUUAAAAGUCUCAGGAUGUGACUUACUUAUUUGAAAACUUUUCUAGGCCAUUUUAAGUUUAAAAUACCCCAAUGUGGUAUAUAAAAUUAACAGCAUUAUAAAAACAUGAAACAAGUUAAAACAGGAAUGCAGAAAAAAGAGGGAUCUCUGUGGCCACAACUCAGCACUAUUAAGACCCAUUGAUUCAAGAGAUCUUCAGAAAUAUAUACUUGCAGUAUUUAACCCAUUAUUUUAAACAGAUCAGGUAUAGCUUGGAGGGUUUGUUUCCUAAGGCUCCAAGCUUUUGCAUCUGUGCUAUUCCUUCAAUCAAUUUCCACACAUCAAGUGAAAUUCCACUUGUGAGGAGGAUAUUUUGAGUUGACUAUGCAUUUAAACUCUUGGCCAUAUUAUGAACUUGAUGUUAUGGACGUGAUCAGCUAUGUAAAUGUCAUAAGGUGUUGGGAUGGGAGAUAUUUGGGAGAAGGCUCCCGUAGCGGGGUUGAGUUGCUUUACUUCCAAUUCUACCCUAUCCCCAGCUAUCAAUAAAAAAACCACUUUUCCUUCAGGGAGGCAUCUGAGGAAGAAUAAAGUCUGCAAUUCUAAACAUGGUAAGGGUUUUUCAGGGGUUCUCUUCCCCUUUCCACCUUAUUACUGCUUGCAUGUUGGCCUUACACAGGCAGAAAGGUUGCCACCAGUUGAAAUGUACUUACAGGAAGCUACCUUUAGUUCAUCAAACUUCAUAUUGUUGACACUGACUGAUUGGCUCUCUCUUCCAACUGUUACCUUCUCCAGCCCCACCUGGAGCCCCUGGGGCUUUUGUGCAUGCAAAUCAUCUGCUGUACAGCCCUUUCCGUAGCUCAUUUGCCCAUCAUUGCAGUUGAAAAGAUCUGCCCCAUCCUGGCCAUUCAUGUGCAGGGAGUAACAUCUGAGCUCUCCUCAGUGAGCUGGUCCAACCAAGUGUGGGGUUUAGCUUGCAUGCAUGUGAAAGACACUGAGGAUGCCAAUCUAAAAGGCUUUUCAGCGGCAGCUGCGAGUGGGCGAAUUUCUUUGAACCAGCCCUCAAGCACCUCACUUGAAUAUAGCCUCCCGUCUUGUCCACAAAGCACAAUUUGUGGCCAUGGAAAAGACUUCUUUCCCCUCAGACUAAUAUAAGCACAAAGAAGAAUAAAAUUCAGCUUCUUGACUCCAAACCUCAUUGAAUUAUGUCACAUACCAUAUUUCUGCAGUGCACAGGCCUUGUAUUAAUAACAGGGCUGGAUUCUGUCUGUAGAUCAGUAUAUGAACUGUCUGCUGCUCUGACAAUAAGAGUAUCUUUUGAAUAGUGAGAAGACCCUUUAAUAUUUCCCAGCAUGUAGAGCAGGGGUGAGCAAAUUGUGGCCUUCCAGAUAUUGCUAGACUGUAAUUUCCACUGGCUAUUCUGGCUGGGGCUGAAGGGAGCUGGAGUCCAUCAAUAUCGGAAGGAGCAAGUCUCUGAUACAGCGGGUCCCUUCUUGGUGUUCUUGAAGGGUAGGAACAUGGGUACAAAGGCCUUAUACUGGGUCAGACAGUUUGCCCAGCUAGUUCAGUACUGUCUAGCCUGACUGACAGUGAUUAUUCAAGGUUUCAAACAGGGUGAUGCCGGGGAUCGAACCUGCGAUUUUCUGCAUGCAAAACUGAUAUUCUGCCACUGAGCUACAGGUCUACAGCCUGUAACUGGAGCCCACGAUGAUGUUCUUGUAUGUAGCAAUGGACCUAAUCAUUCGUCUUUUCUUUUCUCCAGAUUCCAGAAAUGAAGACUAAGUUUUCUCCGAAUCCUUCUGCCGUUUUCCAGGCGCCAUCUCGCAUCCUCAAUGUAUGA